GACCACGCGUGCAAGCGGCCGGUCUCCAUGACAACGUUUGCUGUUGUUCGUAGCAACGGAAGGAGGUGCACGCCGCGCUUCCGGUGCGAUUGAGCGUCCGUUUCCAUAGUGACGGGAGAUUGGGCCAGAAGUCAUGGUGGCCUGUCCUGGCAGUUGUGACCGUUAUGGGGACAACGUCCCGUCCGCUGGCCUGGCCCGCAGCCGGCGAUAUCGUCCCAACGGCAUCUCCUCUCAGGUGGACGAGUCUCUCUUUGGCAACCAUCAGCAGAGAUCGGCUCCCACUGAACAAGCAGCUGCAGGCUUCGACCCCUGCUCCGAUGAAGCCCUCGCCAAGGCAUUGCAGACGGUUCCCACCUCCAUCAAGGUCCAUGAGAGCAUGCGUAUCAUCACCAAGGACCACAUUCGGGACCUCAUUAUUCCCACAGAAGAUCCCUCAGGCAAGACUCUGAUCAUCAGUCCUGUGGAUUUCGAGCGAAUAAAGGCAGCUUCGCGGGUGAUCAGUGAUGAGGAACGUGAGGUCAUGCGAAAGGCUAUUAGUGCAGAGAAAAUGAAUGCAGCGCCGAUCGGAAAAAGCUUCAUCCGAACCAAGGAGUUGCAGAGACAGAAGAAUGAGAAGCUGAACGACGUGGAGGAGGCAGCACGGGACAGGGCUCUGUACCUACUGGAGAAAGCCAACACCAUGCGCCUGGAGCAGGAGGACGAGAUCAAAAAGAUCAAUGAGACCAUUGUAGGAGCUCGAUGCCAUGCAAUUCGUGAUGCACAGAUCCUGGAGAAGGAACAAAUAACGAAGGAGAUGUUGGAGGAGGAUCGACGACUGGAUAUGAUGAUGGAGGUGGAUCGACAGAAAGCAAUGAAGAUGCAGGAUGAGAUUGAACGCAAAAGGAAAGAGAACGGACUGAGAGCUAAAGCUGGCAUCAUCGAGCAGAUGGAGGAGAAGGAAAGGGAGCGGAUGCUGCAGCAGGAAAUCAAGGCGUUGGAGGCAAGGGACAGGCUGAAGGCCCUGGAACGGCUGCACCAAGAGGAUCUGGAGAAUCUGCGGGCAAAACACCGGAAGCAGAUGCAGACUCACCACGAGAUCAAGGAGGCGAAUGAUGCCGUGCAGCGCAGGAAGGAAGAGCUGCACGAACAGGACCUCAUGGCCGACCAGAAGGUCCGUGAAUUCCAGGACCUCAAGUUGAAACGAGAGACUGAAUUUGAGGAGUUGCAGAAGCGUUUGAGACGAGAGAAGGCGGUAGAGGUUGCUCGCCUGCAGGCCCUACAGGAACGUGCACAAGACAUCAAGGCCGAGCAGGAUGAAUUACGGGCCAAACGGAGCCAGGAGGCUGCUGAGCGGGAUUGGCGGCGGAAGGAGCUGGACGACGAGAAGAAGAAGGCCAAGUUGAACGCAGUGCUGAAGGAAUCCCGGUCGACCCAAAUCCAGCAGAAACAACAUUUCCUAGCCGUGCAGGCCAACAAGGAGCGGCAGGAGUUUGAGAGAGUGCUCAAGGUUCAGAAGGAGCAGAUGGAAAAGGAGCAGAUGGAGGAAGAUGACAAGAGGCAUGGCAGGACCAAGUUUGCCACAGAUCUAAGGGAGCAGAUCCGGGAAAAGGAGCAGAAACAUAUUGCGGAGAGAGCUGCCUUCUUUGAGGAAGGCAAACGGCUGAAGGAGGAAGCUCACCAGCGCCGGGUCCGCCUUGAUCAGGUCAAGCAGAAGAAGCUGGAUGAGCUAAGAUCCGUUGGACUUCCAGAGAAAUACUGUCAUCAAAUUGAGCGCCGUUUGAAGUCUAUCUCAACCUAGAGGCUCGUCAAUUUGGGCUGAAAAUUUUUAUUAUAGACCUUGUCAGACAUUGUGUCAAAUAUAUUAAAAUUAAAUGAAUCAUCUUUGUGUCAUUGGGGGAGUAUCCAUGGGCUGUGGGAGGAGAUUCAGUUAGUGAGGACUUUCUUGAGAGGAGGAGAGAGAGAGAGAGACAUUAACCUCAACACAAAAUCACCCACUCUGCAUAAGUGCAAUAAUCAAACUCUGGCAUCCGGAUACACAAAACACUCAGACCUGCAGGCAGAAAAUGGAGAGACGGAGUUGAGAGGAUUGCUUUAGUCAAAUUGAUUCAGAUUUACUGUCAUAUGCACAUAUGGUGAGACAGGUAUAAUGAAAAUCUUACAACAGCAUUAUAAGCACAUAGAUUCAAAUAGCACACAAAGACACAAGUGAUAGAAUUAUCCAGCAUGGGAACAGGCCCUUCAGCCCAACUUUCACAUGCCGACCAAAGUGCCCCAUUUACAUCAGUCCUACCUGCUGCCCGCCUUUGGCCCAUUUCCCUCUAAACAUUUCCCAUCACAUAUCUGUCAAAAUGCCUUUUAUAGUACCUGCCUCAAUUGUCACCUCUGGCUGCAUGUUCUAUAUAUGCACCAACUUUAUUGUGAAAAUGGGGUCUCCGGCUCCACCAUGAGAAGCACGUUAUUGGCGGAGGUCGCGAGACCACCUCCAUGCCCAGCCCACGCAGAGCCAGACCAUCAACCUCUGCAGACAUAGACACAAGAAUCGCUCUCCACAGAUGGAAUGUACAGUAACUGGCUGGACAUGAGGCAACCCUUACAUACUCCUGUCCCAACUGAAGGCAGGGGUAAAAAACACAUUAAUCUUCAUCAUACUCUGUAGCUGUGUACAAAAGCCAGGCCUGGGCCACAAAAUGCAGUCCGAUACCAAAGGCGUGCAGAGCUCUGAAUAGAUAGCCACGAUCCACCCUGUCGAACGCAUUUUCCUGAUUGAGGGAAAGGUGACCAACAGACCAGCCCUCUGGGGCAGGUAGAUCUGGUGCUGGGCCAGAUAAAUGUUGUGCUGCAUGGACUGGCCUGGGCCUGUGUAGGAUAGGUCUGGGUGGAUCAUGUGAGAGUGCACAGAGCCUGGAUGAUUUGCCACUGCCCUGGCAAAGAGCUUUUAGUCUGUGCAGGGAACGGCGAUUGGGUGCCAGUUCUGCAAAAAGCGGAGAUCCUCCUUCAGACAGCAGGACUAUAUAAGAAAGGGUCAUCUCCCUAGUCACUUCCUACCAGGACCCUGAAUUAGUCAUCCCCAAGGACAUCCCAAAAAGCUCUGAGGAAUUCUACAGUUAGCCCAUCGUCAUAGUCAUAGUGUGGAAAAAUACCUUUCAGCCCACCUUGCCCACACCAGCCAACAAUGUCCCAGCUACACUUGUCCCACUUGCCUGCGCUUGGUCCAUAUCCCUCCAAACCCGUCCAAUCCAUGUACCUGUCUAACUGUCUUUUAAACGAUGGGAUGGUCCCAGCCUCAACUACCUCCUCUGGCAGCUUGUCCCAUACACCCAUCAACCUUGGUGUGAAAAAGAUACCACUCGGAUUCCUAUUAAAUCCUUUCCCCUUCACCUUGUCCUCUGGGCCUCGAUUCCCCUAAUCUGGGCAAGAGACUCUGUGCAUCUACCCGAUCUAUUCUUAUGAUUUUGUAUACCUCGCCAAGAUCCCCCCCUCAUCCUCCCGCACUCCAUGAAAUAGAGACCCAGCCUACUCAACCCCUCCCGAUACCUCACACCCUCUAGUCUUGGCAAUAUCCUCGUAAAUCUUUUCUGAACCGUUUCAAGCUUGACAAAAAUCUUUCUAUUAACAUGGUGCCCAGACUGAACACAAUAUUUUAAAUGCGGUCUCACCAACGUCUUAUACAACUGCAACAUGACCUCCCAGCAGGGCGGCACGGUGGCUCUGCGGUAGAGUUGCUGCCUUACAGCGAAUGCAGCGCCGGAGACCCGGGUUCGAUCCUGACUACGGGUGCUGUCUGUACGGAGCUUGUACAUUCUCCCCGUGACCUGCGUGGGUAUUCUCCGAGAUCUUCGGUUUCCUUCCACACUCCAAAGAUGUACAGGUAUGUAGGUUAAUUGGCUUGGUAAAUGUAAAAAUUGUCCCUAGUAGGUAUAGGAUGGUGUUAAUGUGCGGGGAUCGCUGGUCGGCGCAGACCUGGGGGGCCGAAAGGGCCUGUUUCCGCACUGUAUCUCUAAACUAAACUAAACUUCUAUACUCAAUACUCUAACUGAUGCAGGUCAAAAUGCCAAAAGCCUUUUUGACCACCUUAUCUACCUUAUUUACUGUGUAGGUCCAACCCCUUGUUUGAUGUCCCAAAAUACAACACCUCACAUUUCUCUGUAUUAAAUUACAUCAACAUUUCAAAUGCCCACCUAGCCAAUGGAUCCAGAUACUGCUGCAAUAUUUCACAACCAUCUUCACUUUCUGCAAAAUUUGCUUUUGUAUAAUCAUUAAGUCCUGGGGACUUGGCCGUGUGGAGCUGGUGGAAGAUGCCACUCAGCUCCACCAUCAACAGAGGAGCGUCAAGAUGCUUGGCAUCCCGCCGGACUGAACCUUGUUAGGUCUUCUCACUAACUCGGCUUUUCAUCCUUGGCCAAUAGAUCUGGCGAGAGCAGUCCCUUAGGAGGAAUGGACCAUGUGAAAGAUAAACCCUGUGUUAGUGACGUCGACAUCCACCAGACCACCUGCAAUUUCUUCUCUAGCAUCCCAGUGUCCUUGGUUAUAUCUGAUCAGGCCCAGAAAAUCUAUCUACCUUCAUUCACCUCAGGAUGUUCAGCACCUCCUCAACCAUAAUACUGACUAUCUGUAAGACACUUCAUUAACUGUCCCAAGUCCCUUCAUGUCUCAAUUCCAUGGUAAAAAGUGAAGAAAUACUCACUGAGGACCUUUCCCAUCUCCUGCAGCUCCACACAGAGAUGACCGUUUUGGUUUCUGAGGGCCCCUAUUCUCUCAGACACCCUCAUUCCCUUAAUCUAAAAAAAUGUCUCUGAAUUUUACCUCAUUUUAUCUGCCUGUCCCCUUUCUAUCUUCCUGAUUUCCUUCUUAUGUAUGCUCCCGAGUUCCCAAAUUCCAAGGAUACGCAUGAACCCAUCUGCCUACAUUGUCCUUUUUCCUGACCAGAGCCUCAAUUUCUCAUUCUCCAAGCUUACAUGCCCACAAGCUUACCCUGCCCUUCACUCUAACAGAAACAUGCAUGCCCUGAACACUUGUCAUCACACUUUUAAAAGCAUCCCACUCUUUGGAUAUUCCUUUGUCAGCAAAGAACCUACUCCAAUCAACUUGAGCUAGUACCUGUCUAAUAACAUCAAAGUUGGCCUUAUCCCAAUUUAGUAUUUUAACAUGUGUCUUUAUCCAAAACUAUUUUAGAAUUAUUUGAACUGUAAUUGCUGGUCCCAAAAGGUUCACCCAUAGACACUUCUCAAUUUCCUAAGAGUAUGUCAAGCUUUGCCCUCUCCCAUGUUAGGCCCUCUCUAUAUUGUCUGAGGAAACUUCCCUGAACACAUUUGAGAAAUUCACCCCUUGCAAGCCUUUUGCACUAUGAUAGAGCCAGUCUAUAUUGGGAAAGUUAAAAUCUACUUUAUUAAUCUUACAGCUAUUUGCAAUCUCCUGGCAUAUUUGCUCUUCAAAUUCCCAUUGACUAUUUGGGGGCCAUGGUAUACUCCCAACAAGGUAUUCAUCCCUUUUUUUUUUUUUAAAUUCUCAGCUCCACCCGUAUAGCCUCACUGGACGAACCAGCAGUAAUUUCAUCUCAAACUACUGCUGUGACAUUCUCUUUGAUCAAUAAAGCAACAUUCACUCCUCUACACCCCACCUCUAUCUCUCCUGUAGCAUUGUACCAUGGAACAUGAAGCUUCCAGCCCUGUCCCUCUCCUAGCCAGGUUUCCGUAAUGGCUAAGAACAUCCCUUAGCAGACUAUUAUCUAAAUGGUGGCCGACUAGGAAAAGGGGAGAUGCAGCGAGACCUGGGUGUCAUGGUACACCAGUCAUUGAAAGUAGGCAUGCAGGUGCAGCAGGCAGUGAAGAAAGCGAAUGGUAUGUUAGCUUUCAUAGCAAAAGGAUUUGGGUAUAGGAGCAGGGAGGUUCUACUGCAGUUGUACAGGGUCUUGGUGAGACCACACCUGGAGUAUUGCGUACAGUUUUGGUCUCCAAAUCUGAGGAAGGACAUUAUUGCCAUAGAGGGAGUGCAGAGAACGUUCAUCAGACUGAUUCCUGGGAUGUCAGGACUGUCUUAUAAAGAAAGACGGGAUAGACUUGGUUUAUACUCUCUAGAAUUUAGGAGAUUGAGAGGGGAUCUUAUAGAAACGUACAAAAUUCUUAGGGGGUUGGACAGGCUAGAUGCAGGAAGAUUGUUCCCGAUGUUGGGGAAGUCCAGGACAAGCGGCCACAGCUUAAGGAUAAGAGGGAAAUCCUUUAAAACCGAGAUGAGAAGAACUUUUUUCACACCGAGAGUGGUGAAUCUCUGGAACUCUCUGCCGCAGAGGGUGGUUGAGGCCAGUUCAUUGGCUAUAUUUAAGAGGGAGUUAGAUGUGGCCCUUGUGGCUAAGGGGAUCAGAGGGUAUGGAGAGAAGGCAGAUACGGGAUAUUGAGUUGGAUGAUCAGCCAUGAUCAUAUUGAAUGGCGGUGCAGGCUCGAAGGGCCGAAUGGCCUACUCCUGCACCUAAUUUCUAUGUUUCUAUCCCGGUCAUACAUACCUAUCCAUGUCCGGAAUUCAUCUGCCUUACCCAUCAAGUCUCUUAAAAUAGGUGCGCUCUUGCCAUACUCUUGUUUCCCUGCCAUACUCCUGCCCAUUCCAUCCACUGAACCAUUUUUUCAUCACCAUCCAUACCAACUUUCAGACUCUCACCUGUCUCAGUCCUGCAUCCCACCCCCUGCCAAUCUAAUUCAAAACCAAACUCGUGUGGCACGAGGAAACCUGCCCAAGAUAUUGGUUCCUCCGCCAGUUUAGGUGGAAGUCAUCCCUCUUGUGCAGGUCACCAUUUCACCAGAAGAGAUCCCAAUGGUCCAAUAAACUGAAUCCCAGCCCUCAGUAGAGUUACUGCAUUUCUAGCAGGAGGCUUAGAGUGAAUGCUUUAAUCUUUCCCUCUGACCGCCUGAUGGUGGAGCAGAACGAGUGUCACAUAGUAUUUUAAGUUGGUUCAUGGGCUCUCAGGCUGCGUGCCAUUUGGGUGCUCUUUGUUCCCUGUUUAUCUGGGACAUGAGAAUUAAAAUAUCAGUUUUCGCGUAUUUGAAGGAGCUGCUAUUCAUGUUUUGACUUCAAUUCAGUCACAUGUACCUGACACCAGCUUGCAGAGCAUUAGAGAGGCACGAGUUGGUUAGGGGAAAUCAUCGUCACUCUGCUCCUAGGCCUGAGCCAAGUGACCAUUAAC